CGAUGCGGUGCCCACCCGCUAGGUGUCGGAUCAAAGUUUCACUUUGUACAGGCGGGGUAGGCUUUAGCUUUAUUUUGGCUAAGUUAGUAAUAGGGCAGGCUAUUUAGGAGAAAGUGAAACUAACACGUUUUCUCGCUUGCUUGUUAUAGAAACCGAUAAUUUUAUUCGGACAGAUCCACGCUGGAGUGGGAAGGCCCGACAUCCAUUACAUGAAUUCUUCAACAGCUUUUUUGUAAAAGCUGGUGGAUUUUAUAAGAAAUGAUGGAACCCAUCUCAAUACCACCAAAAUACAGACAUAGAAGAGGCAGUAUUGAUUUGCCGCCAUUUAUGGAUCACUGCAGCGUUCCUCUUCAGACUGAGGAACACAAGUGUCCAGUAUGUCUGGAUGAGUUCACUGAUCCAGUCUCCACUCCAUGUGGACACAACUUCUGCAAGAGCUGUCUGAAACAAUGCUGGGACAACAGUGAAGAUUACAAAUGCCCUUAUUGUAAAGAAACAUUCAGCAAAAGACCUGAAUUAAAGAGCAACACAGUUCUUAGAGAAAUUGUGCAACUCUUUGAGAAAAACAGAACAGACCAGGUGUGCAUCAGCGGUCCAUUAUCUGAGGAGCUCCACUGUUCCAUCUGUCUGGAUCUAUUCAGUGAUCCGGUCACCACUCCAUGUGGACACAACUUCUGUAAGACCUGCCUGGAUAUGUUCUGGGACAGCUGUGAGAAAUGCACCUGCCCAUAUUGUAAAGAAACAUUCGACAAAUGUCCUGAUCUAAGAUGCAACACAGCUCUUAGAGAGAUUGUCCAACUCUUUGAGAAAAACACAGGCUACAAAAGGGAACCUGUGAUGACAGAAUAUUCACAACCAUUAGAAACAGAGGACCAAGAAGAAACUCUGUGCAAACCUUCAGUAACGGCUUCCUCAAGCAGUGUCCUGACAGAAAUCCUUCAGUGUUUAAUCUGUCUGGAGCUGUCCACUGAUCCCAUGAUGACCCCAUGUGGACAUAACUUCUGUAAGGCCUGCCUGAAGGAAUGCUGGGAAAGCAGUCAUGAUAACACAUGUCCAUGCUGUAAAGAAGAUUUCUCCAAGAGAGUGGAUCUCAGACACUGUGGGCAUCUGUUGUCUCAGUCUGAAAUCCUGAUGUGGCAGAGCUCUUACCUGGAGCCUCAUGAGAAAGUCAUAAACAUAAAGCAAGUCACGAUGCUUGACCUUGUGGAGGAUAUCAAUCCUAAAAUAAUCCAGAAAUAUAACAGAGCUCUGGAGAUGUUCUAUGGAGAUGAUCAGACAUCUGUGUGUCAGUCUUGCACUGAGGGAGACCAAAAGACUCACAACACAGUUCUUGUAGAAGAUGAAAGUAAAGAGAAGAAGACUCAGGAGAUGACGACGCGCAAGCUUGUGCAGCAGAAGAUCCAGGACACAAUGAAGAUGGGUCAAAAAAUCAAACACUCUGAAAUGAAAACGAGCAAAAGAAAUGAAGAGAAAGAGAACGCAGACAACAUUGAGCUCUGUGCUGAUCUGAAUUACUCCAUUGAGAAAUGUCAGAUGACACUUUUUGAGCCCAGGGGUGAAGACCAGGAUGAUGUAAUUUGUCAUUUCUGCUUUCAUCCUCUUGUAUCUACAGGAUGUUGCCUUUGCCUGUUAAAGCAGACAUAUUAUGCCCCUUUUUACAAUAUGUAAUAUAAGUCUCUGGUGUCCCCAGAAUGUGUCUGUGAAGUUUCAACUCAAAAUAUUCCACAGAUCAUUUAUUAUAUCAUUUUGAAAAUGCCUAUUUUGAGCGGAAGCAGAAACAUGCUGUUUUUUGGGCUUGCGUCUUUAAAUGCAAAUGAGCUGCUGCUCUCUGCCUCCUGUUCCAGAAUAGAGCUGCGCCAUUACAGCUCAGAUCUGCUAAAAAAACAUCUGUUUUGGUUCUGUUUAUCGUGCUAAAAUCAUGAGUUUUAAACCAUAUGAGUUUAAACUUCUGUCACAGCAUGUGACACACUUGUUUUCUCAGAUGCUUGCAGAAAAAGGCUUACCAAAACAAAGUUACUGGGUUAAUCUUUUUCAAGUUUCCUUGGUUGGUAGAUGCACCGUGUACCUGAUUAUAGCACUUAAAACCCGGAAAAGUCCGAUUUUUUAAAUAUAUUUAGAAAAAUUAAAAUGAUAUAACAAUUUAAUCACAAGCCACAUGGUUGUUUGGGUCUAUUACUGUUUAGUAUCAUAAUCCUAUUGAAGUCAUGUUAAAAAUCUUUCAGUAAAUAUGAUAUAGCUUUUUUUAUCAUCUAUUUGAUAUAUUGAUCUAUUGAGAUUUAUAUGCUGAAUAAAUAAGCUUUCCAUUGAUGUAUGGUUUGUUAGGAUAGGAUAGUAUAUGGCUGAGAUACAAAUAUUUGAAUAUCUGGAGUCUGAGGGUGCAAAAAAUCAAAAUAUUGAGAAAACUGCCUUUUAAAUUGUCCAAGUGAAGUCCUUAGCAAUGCAUAUUACUAAUCAGAAUUUAAGUUUUGAUAUAUUUACGGUAGGAAAUUUACAAAAUAUUUUAAUGGAACAUGAUCUUAAUAUCCUAAUGAAAAAUUUAUCAUUUUGACACAUACAAUAUAAUGUUGUCUAUUGCUACAAAUAUACCCAUGCUACUUAUGACUGGUUUUGUGGUCCAGGGUCACAUAUUAUCAUAGUACUGACUAACUAUUUUGCUUUAUGAUUUUUUUUUUUUGUUUCAUUCUAAUCUGUUUUAGUGGUUUGUUCAUAUGUCAAGUACAUGACUGUUUAUAUUAUUUUUUAUUUCCAAAUAAGAAAAACAAUAUAGUACAAAAAGUAAAAAAAAACAAAAAAAAAAAACCUUUCUUGUAUCUCAGUAUGCAUUAGCAUUUAUAGGCAUUGCUGUUUGUCAGUGGAAUGACUUGUAUCAUGCUCAACUUGUCAUGUCUGGGAUUCGGAACCUGUUUUUCCAAAAUGAGUAAAGUGAGCAGGCAGAAGAAAUGUUUGAGAAACUGCUUUGGAAAUUAUCUGUUAGUUUGCAUAGAAAUUCAACACCUUGAAGUCACUUUUUGAUUGCAGCUGUUUUAGAUUUUGCUCUCGUUUAUUUACUUUAUAUUGUAAACACAUCAUUUGAAAACUUCUUGUUGACUGAAUAAAUUCUAAGGAUCA